GAAAAAUCGUUGCAUAACAGUCCUGACGGGGUGGAGUCGUAGCACAGUCGCCAAGGAAAUCCUGGAUAACGCAGAUUCAGGAAAAUGCUGCUUUCAGAGGUCCUGCAGGUGCUGCGCGGGGCAGGUAAAGUGGGGUCUGCCCUGGUUUGCACUCAGGGAGAACAGCUCCGAUUUGUGGUCUCUAACUCCACCGUGGGAGCCGGGGUCCGAGUCGCCCAGGAAGCGGUGGAGGGGCUGAUGGCCAGCUUUGGUGGCGGCGGCAAAGCGCAGGUAACGGAGGAGGAUGUGUUUCCGGACGCGGAGGGUUGGGAGAUGGCGGACCCGGAGGAAGCGGCCAAAUGGGACAUGGGGUCGGAGUUCGGAGCUCAUGCUGCAGCAGAGAUGCCUCCAGGGGUUCCUCCAUCGCCGGGGGCAGCGCCUGCAGGCAACGGCUGGCCGGGGCAGGGCGCUCGCUUCCUCCACACGACCCCCAGCUUCCAGCGGUACUUGUACCAGACCAGGUGUGUCCACGACACGGUGGUGGGCAGACUCAGCCCAGAGGACAUCAAGAAAGCCCGCGAGGCCAAGCAGGCCCAGCAGGCCCUGGUCAAACCUGUCAGACAGAAGCUGAGCGACCGCGCCAGAGAGAGGAAGGUUCCCGCCACCAGAAUCAGCAGGCUGGUUAAUUUUGGGGGACUGGCAGUCGGACUCGGGAUCGGCGCCAUCGCGGAGGUGGCGAAGCAAUCGCUGAGAGGCAAACCCAAAGGAGCUCCGGGCGCCCUGCUGGACUCGCCUCUCCUGUCGGAGGCCAACGCCGAGAGAAUCGUCAACACGCUGUGCAAGGUCCGCGGCGCCGCGCUCAAGAUCGGACAGAUGUUCAGCAUACAAGACAACUCCUUCAUCAAUCCGCAGCUGCAGAGGAUCUUUGAGCGGGUCCGGCAGAGCGCAGACUUCAUGCCGGCCUGGCAGAUGAACAAGGUCCUGGAGGAGGAGCUGGGUCCAGGGUGGCGUGAGAAGCUGUCGUCCUUUGAGGACAAGCCGUUUGCUGCCGCGUCCAUCGGCCAGGUGCACCACGGGGUGCUGAAGGACGGGAGGGAGAUCGCCAUGAAGAUCCAGUACCCCGGAGUGGCAGAGAGCAUCCACAGUGACAUCAACAACCUGAUGUCGGUCCUGAAGAUAAGCGCGGCCCUUCCAGAAGGUCUGUUUGCAGACAGCAGCCUGGAGGUCCUUCAGAGGGAGCUGGCGUGGGAGUGCGACUACAAGAGGGAGGCGGAGUGCGCCAAGAAGUUCAGGUCCAUGCUGGAGGGAAAUGACUUCUUUCUGAUCCCGAAGAUGGUUGAUGAGCUGUCGGGCAGCAAGGUGCUCUCCAUGGAUCUGGUACAAGGAGUCCCGCUGGACCGCUGUGUAGACCUGGACCAGGAGACCAGGAACCGGAUCUGUUACAGGAUCCUGCAGCUGUGUCUCAGGGAAGUGUUCGAGUUCCGGUUCAUGCAGACCGACCCGAACUGGGCCAACUUCUUCUACAACUCGGCCAGCGACCAGGUGGCUCUGUUGGACUUUGGGGCGUGUAGAGGGUAUCCGGAGGCGUUCACAGACGACUACAUACAGGUGGUGCACGCGGCCUCCGUGGGGGAUCGAGCCACCGUUCUUUCCAAAUCAAAGGAUCUGAAGUUCCUGACGGGCUUCGAGACCAAGGCCUUCGAGGACGCCCACGUGGAGGCGGUGAUGAUCCUCGGCGAGGCCUUCGCGUCCGCCGAGCCCUUUGACUUCAGCAACCAGCGCACCACCCAGCGCUUGCAGAGCUUCCUGCCCGUCAUGCUGCGCCACCGGCUCACGCCGCCGCCCGAGGAGUCGUACUCCCUCCACCGCAAGAUGGCCGGCUCCUUCCUCAUCUGCUCCAAGCUGAAGGCCCGCAUAUCGUGCAGGGACAUGUUCCUGGACGUGUUCAACGCCUACAACCGGCGGCGGCAGGAGGCGGAGCAGGCGGCGCCGCGGGCCGGCGCUUAGACGGGUCGGUUCGUCGGGGGACAAACGUCGCUACCUCAAGAUAUAUCUAUCGCUAAAUGCAUACGCCUCUGGACUUUUUUAAGAGCAAAGACAGAAACUUUAUCGACAUGUAACUGGCAACGAGCUCAAACGAGGAGCGUGUCCUGGACCUUCUGUUGAAGGUCACUGACCUCAGUGUGAGGUCAUCGGGAUCAGGACCCAACGCGGACUUGAGUUCUGCACGGGGACUCUAACCCGGGGGGGGGGGGGGGGGGUGAUAUUUUUAAAGUGAGCUGUGCCAUAGAAACUAUAUUGUAAUGGCCAAAACAUUGUUUUAAUUUUAAUUGCUGAUUAAAUCUCUAGAAAUCGAAGACGGGAGUAUUUAGUAAAUGUGGUUGUCGUUUCCUCCCCACAGUCUAAAUGUAUCUGUACUCCGUUUCACAGCGGUCGGUCCGCCAUGUUGCAAGAGACUAACUGUCAUCCGUUUCGAGGACGCGACUCCGAGUCUCUUUUUUUUAACGUUUUUAAAAAACCUGACGACGUCUUUCGUCCAAUAGAAACCCGGUGAGUCACGGCCUUUGCAUUAUUCAGGAUAUUUGGCGUGACUCCAUAUUGUGACUGAAAUGUUCUGUAACCUACAAGGUUGUAUAUGUGUGUUUGUUUGUCUUUUAAUGAAAUAAAAAAACAUCUUUACUG